AUGUCAUAUCCACUGACACGUACCUGUCUCACAGCGACCCUCCUCGCCGCCCUCUUCCUCCUCCUCCUCUUCAACGCCUCAGACGGCCUCUCCAACCCACCGGAUACCAAUGAACGCCUACGACCAGGCUUCGGUGCACUCCCACCACUCUGGUCAACAGGCGCAACACACCAUAUCGUCACACAACACGGGAAUAUCACGAUUUCUGCACGAUUGGCAGCAUUUGGACGGGAUGUGAUUCAAGCGAGUUUGACGGAUCCACCGGCGUUUCGGCUUUCAGAAGUAUUGAAGCGUGACGAUGGCGUGGCGGUAGCACGAAAAGAGCAUGAACCGGUGGGUGCGCGCGCAAGAUUGACGCUUGAUGGGGGAGAUGGGUGUGAUGCUGCUGUCCUCCCACCAGUGUUGAAUGCCUCUACAGAGCAAGCAUGGAUCAUACUACAACGUGGCCUUUGUUCUUUUGCAGACAAGGCAAGACAUGCACAAGCUGCUGGGUAUGAUGGUGUUUUAGUGGGUGAUGACGGCAGUAGCUAUGAGACGCUCGUCACUAUGUUUGCAAAACAUGCUGAAGACAUCACGAUUGCUCCGUUGUUCAUUACGCGAUCAAGCUACCAAACGCUGAUGAACUUGCAAAGCACACAAGGCUCUGUUAUUGGUGUGAGGAUCUUUGCGGUGGCCAUCAAGACGGAUUGGCCAUUGUUGGAUACGCUUGUGUUUAUUUGCUUUUCACCACUCUGCACCCUCUUCAUCGUCUACCUCUUUCUCUACUUUCGCAGACGUCGUCUCAGAAAGGAAGCCAUCCUACCACCUGCAUACCUCUCAAAACUAGAGAAGAUUGCCUAUUUCCCAAAAGAAGGUCAAAUGACGAGCUGUGUGAUUUGUCUCGAGACAUUCGAGGAGGAUGUUGAAUUGACGGCAUUGCCCUGUCAGCAUCUCUAUCAUCCUGCGUGUAUCACGCGUUGGCUUGUUGAGCGAAAACGAACAUGUCCAAUUUGUCAACGGGACGUUCGGGCAUCGUUGGAUCGGCAGGAGGAUGAAGCAUUGGUUGAGUCGCCCAUGGAUGAACGGACCCCUCUUCUACCGACUCCCGCGUCUGUCGCUUUUCUGCACUCAACACGACAACAGCCGCAGCAAGGUGAAACACAAGAAUGA